UGCAUAAUGUUAUCGAUGCCACCAAGAAGCAUGAGCAUGAGUCCUGAGACGCACAUGCGCUUAGCACAACCGUUCCCUCCUUGUGCCAGAUCAAUGCGGCAUUAUGACGGUCAAACUUGGAUCGACGAAGCAGACACAGAGGACUUCAAAGAGGACCCGUGGAUGACCGUCGUCUCGUACAUGAGCCGGCAUCUUGACAAUUGGAGCGAUGCUACUUGGAAAGAGAUGAAGAGUGGCUGCCCUUGGGCGGGCCAUUGCAAGUUCGCCAACAUGUUAGAGUUCGGUGACCUCAUUGCAUUGCCUGAUGGUGUUCUCGAGCACAAGUUCCUGAACCAUGUGCGCAAAACAUUCCACUGCUUUAGCCGCCAUUACAGUCGCCUCCACUGCGAGUUCAUCACGUCUUCGCCACGAACUUGGGGAAGGUCGCAGAAACAGGAGCUGGUGGACUGCGCUCGUCAUUGUGCAUUCUUGGAGCAGUACCCACUCUGCCGCCUCGGGAUUCGUCCACAAGCUGUGUCAUACUACUGUGUGCGGUUGACUAUUGUCAGAUCUGAUUUCGCCAGAGUGCUAUGUCUUGCCACUUCGAACAAAAGUAGGAAACUCGUCGACGCAGUUGUGCGCGUGUCGCGGAACGAGGUCGUAAUCGACGCACAACGGGGAAGACCAGUCUACAAGUUCGUCCCACACAAUGUCGACGUCAAGGGGCGAAGAGCAGCCGACCGGGAUCUCAGGGAGGGAAUCGCGGACCUCGAAAUCGUGGUUGUAUCAUGCGCAUGCCAAAUGGGGUUCGGGGCUAGGGCUACCAACACCCCGUUCUACCAAGAUCUUACAGUAGGAGGUGUUGUUUCGGCACGGGAGUUUUUUGACUUGGUGGAGAAGAGUAACAUCGACCUAGACGAUCAUUGCGACGUUCAUGGUGACCAACAGUUGUCGAUGCCUCUCCAGAUGUGCACCGGGUUCCAAUCCAGCGGUGCUCCCACGGAAGGGGGAGAUUUGGGUUCCGGUUCUUCUUUGCAACUUGGUCGAGGCGAGUCCCGUGGUCGCUUCGACGACAACGACGACGAAGAACAUGAGCAAACGCAGCCUUCGCCAGUUAGGAGCGGAGACCGGUCUGCCCUCAGUAUUCCCAAGGUGGAAGGACAGACCCCGGUUCGCAAACGGCCGUCGACAUCAGCCGGGGGGGAAGAUCAAAGUGUGCCUCAGCCUGCACAUAAGAGGAGGGGAGGCCCUCAGGAAGAGGGUGCGGGUUCCGCAAAGAAACAUAAGGCAAGGACCCCCCAAAUGACAGGGGGGAAAAGGAAGGGAGUUGAGGGGCAGGAGGGCACAUCGGGUCGGAAACGCCCAACGUCGGUGCAGAAACAACCUCAGCGAGGUGCUCUCGAGUCUAAGGGUCCCAUCGACGUGGACGCCGCGUACUUCCUGGAAUGGAAAGACAGUGUGCGGACGAAGCGAGAAUUCUUCAUUAGCCCGUCGCAGGUCGUCGACAUCGGCCAGCACAAUGCGGCCGCAACCAAGUCGCUGCUCGACACGGACGUCGCUUUGAGGUACAACUUCGACAGGUGGCCUGCACGUAUGGUUUACUUCUCGGACGAGGAGUUCGAUGGUUAUUUUUUGUUCAUCUCGGAGGACAACAUGAAGGACUUGAAGGCGCCUCCUAAAGAACGGAAACUAUCAAUGAAGGACAUUCGGUGGCUCUGGAAGGAAAAGGGUUUCCCAAAGGUUGAUAUGGGGAAGCCCAGCGGAAAACAAGCACAGUUUGUGCACGAGAAUUGGCCGGUUGCUGACUGGACACGUGCGUAUCCCUUCCUGAAGAAGCGGGAGUCAAUUUUGGCUGCGUUCGAGAAGCAAGGAAUGGAUGCCUCGUUGUGGGACGGGAGCAGGAAGCUCGUCGGUGACGCCUCGCUGUUCAAGGACUGCCCGCCAUUCAUGGGGUGCGAGGACGACAAAACGAUCAAGGCGACGAAAAAACUCGCCCAAAACAAGAAGUUGUCCGUCGACUGGAAGAACAAGGUCCUCUCAGUGCUUACGAGCAGUCGGGCGAAGAGCAUGGUGGUCGCACUUGCUGAAGGCGUGGUGCACGUUCUAUGGAAAGACUCGGGGGACGUGACAUCGAUUGCCCCGUUCAGCGUUGACCCUCUGGAGGCACAGUUGAGGGUCACGGAGCUGGAGAAAGCGGUUGGGACCACCAAAUGCCACACGUGCGUUCUCGAUCUGUGCGAGCCGGUGGACUUCAAACAGUGGACGCCGAAAGCUUUUGAGAGUUUAAAUUCCCUCCUAGAGCAAUUGUUUCCGUCACACUGGACGGUCGUCGCUUUCGUCCCUCGGCAAUGGGACUACGCCUUCAUGACCAGCCUGCGCCAUCUGCCCGUUGUGAAGGCAAUGGCAGGGAAGUGGAUUAGAAGGACGCAACAUAACAAAAGUUUCUUAGUGGGGAACAACUUGUACUCGGCUGACGACCGCAUGUACAUUCUCUUCAAAGGCGACGAUUUGCGGGAGAAUACAUGCGUCGUCUACGAUGCUAGGUUGUCGGCGGGUGACGCUGCGGCUAUCGGGGUGCAUCAGAAAGUGACCCUGACAGACAUAUCUGAGACUCCCUUCGACCCUUGUGAGUGGCCGUGGGCCAUGCUUGGAGUUGACAAGAAAGUUAACAAGAUAAACUCUGAGCGGAACCCCGCACAAUUGGCCCAUCUGCUAGAAUUUGUGUGCAAAAAGGGUGAGGGCGUCAUGUUCCUCGGCAAGCCGCACGCGCGAGUGGUGUGGGAGGUUUUGAAGAGCGACCGACACGUGGUCGCACUAGAAGGGAAUUCUGAGUUGUUGCAAUACAUGUUUGAGUCCCUCAAAAGUGAGGUCAACUCUGGAGCCAGCCGCGGCGAGUUCGUUUCGAGGACCGAGAAAUCAACACGCGUUCGGGAACCGUCUACGGACAUGUGGUUCAAGUUGAGCAAGCGGAAGAGGAAAAGGAUCUACGAGUUCCUCUUUUUGGAAACGCGGCCCAGGAGGGACAACGACGCUGAGUACAUGCGCCACAAGGAUCACAUGUUGGCAUUGCUGGACAAUUACCACGACGCCUCACGCAAGAACGCAAAGAACUUCCUCGACCAGCUGGAGUGUUUUUACUUCGUCGAGUCCGAGCAGGUGUUGAAGCUCGAGAGUUAUGGUCCCUUGAUCUCCACGGAGCAUGAGGCGGAGACAGGCGUUGUUUUCGACACCAAAACGCCGGAGGAGGACAGCGACAGCGAGGACAUCAACAUCGAUUACCAUCCUCGUCCGCUAUUUCAUGGCGUUGGCUCCUUGUCGGCCGGUCCCGCAACAAGCCAGGUCGCCCAGGCGUUGCCUGUGCUCACGAUCACCCCUGGUAAGACCCCGAGUAAGCUGGCGUCGAGAUUGACGCCUCGGGCUGCCCCCCCGUCUCCAUUGCGUCCCGGGAGCUCGAUUCCGCUGCAUCAUCCUUCUCGCAAGGAUGAUGCCGUUCACUUCGAAGGGCUCGACCACACUCGAUCGAGCGAGGCGGACUGGGGCCAUGACAUGAUAUGGCACCCGGGAACUAUCCAGCCGGCAAUCGAGAAGGGCGAGUGGAUUAUGGCACUCAUCAGCGACCAAGGGUUGUGGGACCCAUACCCACGCCACUCGAAGGUGGAGUACUUGGAACUCGCGAGGGUUUCGGUGCUUGACAAAGUGAGGUCUUCGAAUCCCAACUUUCAACCUGACGACCCUGCCAUCUUAGCCACUGCUGAACAUCUGUUUCAAGAACUUAAGGACAAGCAGUGGUUGGAACUCUCGGACGAGUUCUACAUCUUCGACCCGAGCCCUUCGAAGGGACGGGUGGACUGGAAGGAGGCCACGCCAAGUGAAGCCGGUGGUGGUCAGGGGGGGGGGAACGUUGCAGGAAAGCCGACUGUCGGGCUCCCUAAGGGACCUGCAUCGAAGUCCGCCGGAAUCCGGACUACAUGGAGUGAGGCACCAGGCGUAAGUGGAGAGGCCGCUGACCAUGAGGAGCCGAAGUCCGCCCGGAUCCGGACUUCUUCAGAAAGGGCGCCACAGGCGACGACUAUUAUGCCGAAGGGAGGGGGUACGCAUGUGGGGGUAGGAGAGCGGGCCGCGGGAUCCGACAUGGUUUUCGGAGAAUUACGUGAAUGUCGUGGGAGGAAUGGAGGGGAAAAAGGGGAAAAAGGGGGAAAAGGGGAAGAAGGGGAAGAAGGGGAAGAAGGGGAAGAAAGGGAAGAAGGGGAAGAAGGGGAGAAGGGGAAGAAGGGGAGAAGGGAGAGGAAGGGGGUGAAAAAGGGGAUAUCGACAUUGACGACGAACGGCUGGGCAUUGCGGAGGAUGCCGGUGCGGGCCACGACACCUAGAACAGGCUGGGGAGGAUUCAGUGCACUGGCCGCGCUUGGAAACUUGCGGGUUUUGAACGACAUUGGUCGAGGGGUGGUGCCACCUACCACUGUUCUCUCGACCCUUGGCCAUGGUCAGUUGCGAAUUGCAGCCAAAGAUUUUGUCACCCUCUCGCUUAUCAACGGCAGGGUGAAUGAUGAGGUGGUCAAUUUCUACAUGGCGCUAUUGGGGACGACCGCAUAGGCAAUACGUCACAUCCCAUCAGGCCUUCGAGUCUUCAGCUUUAACUCGUUCUUCUUCAGUAAACUGCAACUUCAAGG